AUGCUUAAGGUCACCUCCAUCGUCCGUGCAUACGACGGUUUGUUGUUGGUCACCCCCGCCGUUGCCAGCCCGUCCGACCUGGACAUACUGUGCAACUUUAUUGGCGAAAGCCUCCCAACGGGUACUCCGUUCGAGGUUGCGCUCCCGUCGUCGACAUCUUUCAUAAAGAUCCUUGAUGUUCCCUACUUCGAUCCGAAAGGGUUGAAGAUCACCCAGGAGGCGCUUGAAAAGGCCCUCCGUACCUCGGUUCAUGCUGAGGUCUUCGCAUAUCUGAGCACCAAGCCUCGGAUCGACUGCAACUUGGUGCACUCGACAUCAUGCACUGUGUAUUGCAACAUCUGGGACUCCCAGCAGGGAACCCACGCCAAGAAGGCCCUAGGCCAACCGAUCUUCCUCGCUGGGCAGUCCUGCGCAAUCAGGCCUGCUGCGCGACACACCGGGGUCCCGCUCUGCCAGCGCUGCUGGAAGUGGGGCCACCCCACCGUCGCCUGCAAGGCGAAACAACUCUCUUGCCCCAUCUGUUCAGGUCCACACGAGCAGAAGGAGCACCGCCAACAUGCGGGAUGUUGCAAGGGCAACGUGAAAGGGAAACCCCCUGUGCCGCCCACCCCUCACGACCAGCCCUGCCCCCAUAAGGGCCACUGUGUCAAUUGCCACAAGGACCACACCGCCAACUCAGCGUCGUGUAAGUUCUGGGCCCAUUGCUACGACUCCAUUGAGCACCUCGCUGCUCAUGUGCAUUCUCUACCACCUUUCAUCUAUAUGGCUGGUGACUUCAACUGCGUGUCGACGACUUGGGAUGACUAUGAGCAUGGCGAGUCGUCGACAGCAAUAUCUUUGCGGGACACCGCAUCUCAGAUCAGCCUCGAGUGGGCACAACCUUCUAACCAUGGACCGACGAGAAUCAGUCCUAAUCCAAACCAGAGAUCCAACGUGUUGGAUCUUGUAUUCUUAGCUCCAUCUGAGAUCUUAAUCUCAAUGCCCAGAUUGGAGCACGAUCUCCAGGGUCCGUCAGAUCAUGUCCCGAUCUGCACAGAUCUUGAUAUUGGUCCCGAACCGCCCGGAUCUGGCGAGGCUGAAAAGUCUUUCAUUUUGGAUAUUCUCCAGGAUCUUGCGGCUAUUCCUGUCGCAGCCCUGGCAACCAAGGAAGGCCUUGAAGCUUUAGCUGAUGCUAUCGCGACAGCAUUCUCGGACGCAUGGCUUGCCCAUUCAACCGAGUCCAAACCUACCAAGUGCUCCAAGUCCUGGUGGACGGACAAGUGCUCAGAGACAUUCGGGGUAUAUCUGUUGAGCCGAUCGCUCGCUGAUUAUAACAAGUUUAAGAAGGCGUGUAAGGACGCCAAAUGUAAUUUCUUCGAUGAACGUAUCGCAGAAAUCGCUACUUCUCGCAAGCGCCCGUGGGACCUAAUGGAAUGGGUCAAACAGCGCAAGCUACUACCCUGUGAGGCUAUUCACAAUGGCGACCAGCCUUGCCACGAUAUGGACGACCUCUGGGACGCCCUUCAUGGCAUGUACAAUUCGGCCUCUGGUCGCGAGUACGACACUUCAGUCUUGGAUGAGCUUCCCGAUGAGCCAGUUCGCGAGUGGGCUGACUUCUCGGAGCAUGAGUUGUUGAGUGCCCUUAAGGGGUGCUCCAACUCCUCUGCACCAGGACCGGACCAUGUUACGUGGGUCCACCUAAAGGAGUUGCUUAAGGAUAAACACGUCCUUGCGCUCUUCAUUGUGCUGGCUAACGCUUGCCUUCGGGUGGGUCAUUGGCCGCGUAUAUUCAAGGAGUCGCUAUCGGUUAUCGUCCCGAAACUGAAUAAGCCCUCCUAUGCCGUACCGAAGGCCUUCAGGCCGAUCGUACUCCUCAUCACUUUCGGUAAACUUAUCGAAAAGAUGAUUGCUAAUAGGAUACAGUUUGACGCUGUCAAGCAUGAUAUCUUCCAUCCCAACCAACUUGGCAGCAUUUGCCAGAGGUCAACUGAGGAUGCUGGAUUGAUUCUGACCCAUCUCGUGCGAGCGGGGUGGGUUAAGGGUCUCCAGACUAGCGCGCUGGCUUUUGACAUCGCAGGCUCUGCUCUCUCGCCUGUUAUCUCUGGGCUGUUCAUUGCUCCGGUAAUGAAGCUCUUCUACAUCAAAGCGGCGCCACUCAACAUGACGCUGCUGUCCUUUGUGGAUGAUGGGACCAUUCUGGCCCAAUCCAAACAACUUGAUGAUAAUAAUGUGGGCCUGCAUAAGGCCUACAAAAUUAUCUACCUUCUCUUUGUUGCCUUUGCGCUCGUUCUUGAACACGACAAGACCGAGUUGUUUCACUUUUCGCGUCGAUGA